AGAUUGUUUCUAUUGAAGUGCAGUUGGUUUGUUUUACUGACCAAAAAAUCAUUCUACUGUUUGCUUCAUUUCCUGCAGCUGCACCAAUACUAAUGCUAUAGCAAUCCCUUGUUUUUCAAUGAUCUUAGAUUUAUCAUCCAUGAAAUUCAUUCUAAAAAUUAAUAAGUACUUCAUUCAAAAGGAAUUACAAUGGAUGACUUAUUAGAUAUUAUAACUUAGAAUGUUUUUAUUGAGAUACAGAGAUGAGGAUACAUUUAUGUUGGUUCUAGUAUGUAUGUGCAUUUACAAAAUUUUAUUAAACUUACAUUUUUUCAGUGUAAAUAGUUUUAAGUUCUCAACUUCUCACUAGUAUAGAAAAAUGAGCACUGUAAAGAUUGGUAUCAUUGGAGGCACUGGUUUGAACCAACCUGAUCUGUUCACCCCAGACAAACCUGACGAGCAAGUUGUGACUCCGUUUGGAGAUCCUUCAGACACUCUGCAGCAUGGCACCAUUGCUGGUGUCCCAUGUGUGCUCUUGCCCAGACAUGGUCGUGGCCACACCAUCCACCCGUCUCGUGUCAACUUCCGAGCCAAUUUGUGGGCCCUGAAGGAGGCUGGCUGUACACACGUGCUUGCUGCUACGGCCUGUGGCUCACUUAGAGAAGAGAUCAAGCCAGGCGAUUUUGUCACCAUCAGCUCAUUUAUUGACAGGACUUACAAGAGAGAAGUUACGUUCCAUGACGGCUCUUGUGAUGGUCUGCCUGGGAUUCUCCACCUGCCUAUGGACGAGCCCUUCUGCAAGCACACCCGUGCUCUGCUACAGCAGGCUUGCGACGCUGCCGGAGUCAAGUGUCACAAGGAAGGAGUCAUGGUGACAAUUGAAGGUCCGCGUUUCAGCAGCGUUGCCGAGAGCAAAAUGUUCCGCAUCUUGGGAGGAGAUGUGAUAAAUAUGACCACCGUGCCUGAGGUGGUGCUGGCCCGGGAGCUGGGCCUGUGUUACGCCUCGCUGGCCAUGGCCACUGACUAUGACUGCUGGCGAUCAUCCACAGAACCCGUGAACGUCGAGGUGGUCAUGGCGACCAUGAAAUCUAAUGCAGAGAAAGCGGUGGCAGUGAUUAAGUCAGCUGUUGAGCUCAUAGCUCAGCAUGACUGGACUGAGAUCAUUCCUUCCUUGAAGAAAAGCGUGACCAUGAACUUGAUGCUGCCUAAAUGUUAACGACCUUCCACACUUGCCAUCUUGCCAUGUUUGCCAAUUUUUCGUUCUGAAGUUUUUUGGACCUUGAACGUUUGCAUUUAUUUUUGUUAGCAAUUAGAAGUCAAUCAAUGCUAACUUGAUGACUUUUGUUGUUUAUUUCUUCUGUUUGAUCUUUGAACGCGCUCAGUACGUGCCGAUGUUGAACGUACUCUUUACGGCUCAGAGCACGUGCCGAUGCAUUGUUUGGAUUCCUUGUGCAUCUGAAAUAUAGAGCCGUUAUUUCAUUCCAUGUUAUUAUAUUCUAUUAUUUUUCGUUAAAGGAAUUUGUUUUCUACUUUUUAGUAGCUCAAACUUUUUACGUUGUUUAGAAUCUCAAGUUAGUCAGCUAUGAGUGUAUAACUUGGAUUGCGCAUUCUUUACUAGCUAUUUUUGUAGUAGGACUGAUUUUUCUUUCUAUAAAAGGCUUCCUGGUACAGAAUUGUGACCAAUAUGCUGCGUUUAUUCCUGUUUUUGAUUGUAUUUGUUAGAACUUGUAAGAUUUUUCCUGCGUGGACUGAGAUAAUAUUGUACGAUAAUAUGGCCGUUAUUGCAAAUUAGUAUCAAGCUAGUGAUUUUGUUUCUUUUAUUUUCAUUUGAGAGCAUGUAGUUUUUUGGAUCAAAGCUUGAAAUAGAAGAAAACAACCAUAUUUCAGUUCAUCCUUAGUAGGUCACAGCGGCGCAAUAAUAACCGUGUAAGCAGAUUACUUUAAAAGAAAAGUUGUACUAUGUCCUCAGCGCUUAAGCAUUGCCUUUAAAACUAUUGUUGUUGAGAGAAAUAUUUUUCUAUAGAAAUUCGUGAAGGAAAUAUUUUAUCGAUAAAGUUUUGAUCGGAAUAAAGAGUGUAAGGCAA